UUCUUCCUCCUCUUCCUCCUCCUCCUCGUCCUGCCCCUCGCCCUGCUCCUGCCGACCUCCUCUGCUCGACUGCGGCCGCAGGAAGCCGCCCCCGCCCGCAUGGACCGCGCUCCGACGCCCGUUGCCCCGCGACGCCCGAGCCCUGGAUUUGAGUCACAACCGGCUGUCUAAUUGGAGCAUCAGCUUGGACUCUCAGACAUUACAGGAAGUGAAAAUGAACUACAAUGAGUUAACAGAAAUUCCCUAUUUUGGCGAGCCAACUUCCAAUAUUACUGUUCUGUCAUUAAUACAUAAUGUAAUCCCAGAGAUCAGUUCAGAACAGCUACAGUUCUAUUUUUCCUUGGAAAACCUGGAUCUCAGCUCUAACGUCAUCUCUGAAAUAAAAAUAUCUUCAUUUCCUCGAAUGCAGCUAAAAUACUUGAAUUUGAGUAAUAACCGAAUAACCACCUUGGAGGCAGGCUGCUUUGAUAAUUUAUCCAGUUCCCUAGUGGUGGUGAAGAUAAAUAGAAAUAGGAUCAGUGUGAUUCCGCCUAAGAUCUUCAAGCUGCCUCAUGUACAGUUCUUGGAGCUCAAACGGAAUAGGAUUAAAGUUGUGGAGAGUCUUACUUUUCAAGGGCUGGAGUCCUUAAAAUCCUUGAAAAUGCAGCGGAAUGGAAUUAGCAAACUAAUGGAUGGGGCUUUCUUUGGCUUGGAUAACAUGGAAGAGUUGGAACUGGAGCACAAUAACCUGACGGAAGUGAGCAAAGGCUGGUUAUAUGGCUUACGGAUGUUGCAGCAGCUGUAUGUGAACCAGAAUGCUAUCGACAGGAUCAGUCCUGAUGCGUGGGAGUUCUGCCAAAGACUAACUGAACUUGACUUGUCGUACAACCAGCUGACCCGUUUAGAUGAGUCUGUCUUUGUGGGCCUAAACUUAUUGGAGAGGCUGAAUUUAGGGGACAAUAGAGUGACUCACAUUGCUGAUGGCGUGUUUAAAGGCCUUUCAAAUCUGCAGACACUAGACUUGCGAAACAAUGAGAUUUCAUGGGCCAUUGAAGAUGCGAAUGAAGCCUUUGCUGGACUCUCCCGGCUCACUAAAUUAAUCUUACAAGGAAACCAGAUUAAAUCAAUCACAAAGAAAGCAUUUAUUGGUCUUGAAGCACUUGAGCAUCUAGACUUGAACAACAAUGCCAUAAUGUCUAUCCAAGAAAAUGCUUUUACUCAAACACAUCUCAAAGAGUUGAUGCUCAAUACCAGCAGUUUGCUCUGUGACUGUCAGCUGAAGUGGCUGCUUCAGUGGCUGGUUGACAGUCACUUACAGCAGGCCGUGAAUGUUAGCUGUGCCCACCCAGAAUGGCUAGCAGGGCAAAGCAUCCUGAAUGUGGACCCUGCAGACUUUGUUUGUGAUGAUUUUCCUAAACCGCAGAUACGGACACAUCCAGAGACCACAAUUGCUUUAAGAGGCGUGAAUGUGACUCUCACCUGUACUGCAGUGAGCAGCAGUGACUCCCCCAUGUCCACUGCAUGGCGCAAAGACAGUGAAAUCCUCUAUGAUGCCGAGAUUGAGAAUUUUGCCAGAUACCGGCAGCAAGGUGGAGAAGCCCUGGAGUACACGACCGUCUUGCACCUCUUCAACGUGAAUUUCACAGACGAAGGAAGAUAUCAGUGUAUCGUCACUAAUCAUUUUGGAUCCAAUUAUUCUCAUAGAGCCAAGCUGACGGUGAACGAGCUGCCUUCAUUUCUGAAAACCCCGAUGGACCUCACGAUCCGCACCGGAGCCAUGGCCAGGCUGGAGUGUGCCGCGGAGGGCCAUCCGGUUCCUCAGAUUUCCUGGCAGAAAGACGGUGGCACCGACUUCCCCGCAGCCCGAGAGAGGCGCAUGCACGUCAUGCCCGAGGACGACGUGUUCUUCAUAGCCAACGUGAAAAUCGAAGACAUGGGGAUCUACAGCUGCAUGGCCCAAAACACUGCAGGAGGCCUCUCGGCUAACGCCACACUCACUGUGCUGGAGACCCCUUCGUUCAUGCGCCCUCUGGAAGAUAGAACCGUAAGCCGGGGAGAAACCGCAGUGCUGCAGUGCAUUGCUGGAGGAAGUCCGGCUCCUCGCCUCAACUGGACGAAAGACGAUGGUCCUUUGAUGAUCACAGAAAGGCACUUCUUUGCUGCAGCCAAUCAGCUUCUUAUCAUCGUGGAUGCUGGGCUAGAAGAUGCUGGCAAAUACACUUGCAUCAUGUCCAAUACCCUUGGGACUGAGAGGGGGCACAUCUACCUAAAUGUUCUCUCCUCUUCAAAUUGUGAUUCCUCUCAGAGUAGCAUCGGACACGAGGAUGACGGCUGGACAACGGUUGGCAUCGUCAUCAUUGUUGUGGUCUGCUGUGUUGUGGGCACCUCUCUGAUCUGGGUCAUUGUUAUUUAUCAUAUGAGGAGGAAAAAUGAAGACUACAGUAUCACUAACACAGAGGAAAUGAAUUUGCCCGCGGACAUUCCCAGUUAUCUGUCCUCUCAAGGAACGCUUUCCGAACCACAGGAAGGCUACAGUAACUCUGAGGCCGGCAGUCAUCAGCAACUUAUGCCGCCUGCUAAUGGAUAUGUGCACAAAGGCACUGAUGGUGGCACAGGUCCCCUGGUGAUCUGUUCAGAUUGCUAUGACAAUGCCAACAUCUACUCCAGGACCAGAGAAUACUGCCCAUAUGCUUACAUUACCGAGGAAGACCCCCUGGAUCAAACACUGUCCAGCCUCAUCGUGCAGAUGCCCAAGGAGGCCUAUCCAACACGGGCUUCCCAGGAAACCACAGGCCUGGAGAGCUUGACGCCUGCAGACAGAGAUGUGUCAGUCUUCCUUACGAACCAUGACAGGAUCAGUGAAAAGAAGCUUUCAUCGGCUCAAAUGAACAGCGAAACGCCACAGCGACCAUUAUGGGAUAUAAACAAAGACCUCGGCCCGCCGCAUCCACACUUCCCUCAGCAGCCGGUUCUGGAGGCCCCACGACUGCUCCGAAACAAGGGCCUGACAGAAAGUGAGCAGGGCCAUCCUGGGUCGCCCAGGCCCUGCCCCAGGUUGUGCGAGCAUUCGUUUGAUUUCAACAGAACUCGGAGCAGCCAAGACGGUAGGGAGGCCACAUGAAAGCUACCCCCCUGUCAGGUCUGGGCGUAGACACUCAGAUCCUCUGACUUUGUGCUUACUACCUCAGAGUUGGCAAAGAAAUCCCACGGUCACCCGUUGCUUAACCCAGAUGUUUACAGUUCCGAAGUGAGUGGACCAAGCCGAACAAGUGGACCGAGCGGAAGAGGAAGAAAGCUGCCGAGCAAGUCGCGCGAAAGAGAAGGGAUGCGGGACUGCAAGCGGAAGGGCGCGUUUCUGAAGUUAUGAAGGCCCAGAAGAAAGCGCUGCCGGACAGUCCCAGGUAACGUGCCCGGGGGCACACAGACUCCCCAAGCUGGGAGAAACCUCUUGCUGCUUAAAUGCCAAGCUGUCUCAAUUUUCCAAACGAUCCCGAGGAAGCCUCCCUACUUUGCUUUCUGAGAAACAGAAAUUCCUUGGACUGUUGAGUCAUUUUGAGCAUACAAUUUUGGCAGGCUUUUCACUACCCAAGACCCGUUUCGACCGGCUGGUGACAGUUUUCUGGGGGGUGGGAGGGGUUGGUUUUGCCUUUUCGUCCCUGCGAACUGGGGAAUUUGGUUGUAAAUACAUUUAUACAUAUUUUUUUUUUGUAUACACUACGCAUCUGUGUUGGCUGUAAUGUAAAUAUUUUUUGAUAUGCCCAAACCAUGUAGUAUCUUGUGUUGUAAUCUGGAAGGCUGCUUGUCGAACCAGACUCGUUUUUGUAUAACUUGGUUUUAUGAAAUCUGAAGAAUUUGUAAGGGUUUGAAACUUCUUAUUUGUUAAGAAGUAUGUGUCUAAAGGACAGGUUGCUUGGUGAUCGUUUACACCAGACGUGAGGCCUGGUGUGAUUUUAAUCACUUGUAAUAUUGUCAAAAUUUGCUAACCGAACAUUUGACCUCAGUUGUUCCUUCAUGGAUAGAAUGCCUAGUGGGAUUUAUCUUUCCAUGCCUAGGGGCUUUUGGUUUAAAAAAAACAAACUGCAAAUGUGGGGAAAAAUACACGAUGCUUAAUUUAAAUAAAUGUCUUAACUGGGGUUCAUCAUCAAUCAUCAUCAAUCGUAUUUAUU